GCUGCUGGAAGAGUAAAAAAACUGUAACUCUCUUUUUUUCUUAGCUCAGAACCAACUUACUGUGAAUCAGAACCAGGACUUAAGGGCACCUCACUGCGUCACCUGCAGAGAUGUUUGCUGCUGGGAAGAGAAAGAAUGUCGGGAUGUCUCCUCCAGAUGGAGGGUGGGGAUGGGUGAUCGUUGGUUGCUGUUUCAUGGUGACAGUGUGCACACGUGCAGUGACCAGGUGCAUCUCCAUCUUCUUUGUGGAGUUCCAGACUCAUUUUGAAGCAGAUUACUCCUCCACUGCCUGGAUCCACAGCCUAGUGGACUGCACCACAAUGCUCUGUGCUCCUGUUGGCAGUCUGUUGGGGAACCGCUGCUCUUGCAGGGUGGCAGUGAUGUUGGGCGGACUCCUGUCGUCCUGUGGACUCCUGCUCAGCUCUUUUGCCACCAGCCUGGAGCUGCUCUUCUUCAGCAUGGGAAUCCUCACAGGUCUAGGAUUUGCUCUCUGUUACACUCCAGCCAUCGCCCUGGUGGGCUGCUACUUCCAGCGUAGAAAGGCGCUGGCGUACGGCAUUGCCAUGUCCGGCAGCGGGAUCGGCACCUUUGUCUUGGCUCCAGUUGUGCAGGUUCUCAUUGACCUGUACUCAUGGAGGGGGGCACUGCUUGUCCUUAGCGCCUUUGUGGCCAACCUGUGUGUCUGCGGAGCACUGCUGCGGCCAAUCACGUUGCAGAAAGAGGAAGGGUCAGAGACAGGUGAUGUCUCAGUAAAGGAUGCUGAACUAAGUCUCACAAGAAAAUCCCAAGAUGCUUUUCAGUUAUUAGACAACCAGUCAGUACCAUCUUUACUCCCCCUGACCCUGCCCCAUGGAAACCCUGCUCCUGGGCUGAAGGGGAGAUACUGCUUCAGUUCCUGCUUCCUGUCCAAGUCUGAGUACCACUUCCUGCUUCUGCCAGACUUUCUGGGUUUGGCUUUGUCCUUCUUCUUUCUGGCCAGCGGCUGCAGUCUGCCCUUUGUCUAUCUCGUGCCGUAUGCUGUGAGCGUUGGUGUCAGCCAGCAGACAGCAGCUUUGCUAAUGUCCAUCCUGGGUGCCGUCGACAUCGUGGGGAACAUCACCUUUGGUUGGCUGACGGACAGAAGGUGUCUAAAGCCGCACCGCCUCACCUGUUACAUAAUUGCUGUAGUGAUGGAGGGUCUCUGCUGCCUAUUUGUGGUGCUGCUUAGUAACUUCGCUCACCUCGUCCCAUUCGCCCUGAUGUAUGGUUAUUUUGACGGCGCCUACGUUGCACUGAUACCCGUGGUGACUUCAGAUGUGGUGGGGGUUCCGUACCUAUCCUCUGCACUGGGAGUGGUCUACUUUUUGCACGCCAUCCCUUACCUGCUCAGCCCACCAAUUGGAGGAUGGCUGGUUGACAUCACAGGAAGCUACAUCGCUACCUUCCUCCUCAGUGGUGCCACUCUGCUGAUCAGCUCGCUCAUCGUCUCGGCUGUUGCUUGGAUUCGCUGCUGCCGCCGCCUGGACCCCAAACACAAGUCACUCACACUCAUCCUGUCUAACCAGUCAGACUGUUGCCCUAACAUAUGCACAACCAGGCCAGAGCCUUGUAUUUAUGGAACAAGCAACCAAUCUGAUUCAGAGGCAGGACAGCUGUGAUUGUCUGAUUUAUUCUGAGUAAUACUUGAAAAUACUUGAGUCAACAGUCUGCAGCAAUGCUCGAUGUGAACUCACCUGUGCUUAGU